ACAAGACUCGGUAGGCACGGGGGUAGGGACAAGGGCGGUGACCCUCAAGGGCCCACAUUUGGAGACCCUGCGGCCGUGAGGGCUCGCCUCAGGUUUUCAGCUCGGCUAACGUGACGGGAUGACGGAGGACGCGCUACGUAGUGCCGGCUCCGCCUCUACUGAGAGUGUUGGCUAGCAGUUGACUUAUGGGCUCUGACCGAAGACAGUGCUACAGAGUGAAGAGAAGUUAAGACGUGCACUGCGUCCAGAGUUCAAUCGUGGGCGACAGCUCCCGAAACUGGGAGGAUGCUGGUGGUGGAGGUUGCUAAUGGCCGCUUGCUGGUGUGGGGAGCUGAGGCCGUGCAGGCGCUGCGGGAGCGCCUGGGAGUCGGGGGCCGCACGGUGGGCGCCCUGCCCCGCGGGCCCCGCCAGAACUCGCGCCUGGGCCUCCCGCUUCUGCUGUUGCCGGAGGAAGCCCGGCUCCUAGCUGAGAUAGGCGCCGUGACGCUCGUCAGCGCCCCGCGCCCGGAUCCCCGCAACCAUGGCUUGGCCCUAGCAUCGUUCAAACGCCAGCAAGAGCAGAGUUUCCAGGAGCAAAGCACUUUGGCAGCCGAGGCCCGUGAGACCCGUCGUCAGGAGCUCCUAGAGAAGAUUGUAGAGGGCCAGGCUGCCAAGAAGCAGAAGCUGGAGCAGGAUUCAGGGGCGGAUGAAGGCCAAGAAGCCAGUGGGAGCGAAGCUACCCAAGGGAGUGAAACCAGUGAUGAUGGCCAGGCUGCCAAGAAGCAGAAGCUGGAGCAGGAUUCAGGGGCAGAUGAAGGCCAAGAAGCCAGUGGGAGCGAAGCUACCCAAGGGAGUGAAACCAGUGAUGAUGGCCAGGCUACUGCCGAGCAGGAGGGAGCAGACUCUUCAUCUCCCCAGCCAGGGCCUUCAAACGGGGUGACCCCCUUGCCCAGGUCAGCCCUGCUCAUCCAGCUGGCCACUGCCAGGCCUCGGCCGGUAAAGGCUAAGCCUCUGGACUGGCGUGUGCAGUCCAAAGACUGGCCCCGUGCUGGCCGCCCUGCCCACGAGCUGCGCUACAGCAUCUACCGAGACCUGUGGGAGAGAGGCUUCUUCCUCAGCGCAGCUGGGAAGUUCGGUGGUGACUUCCUGGUCUAUCCUGGUGACCCGCUGCGAUUCCACGCUCACUACAUUGCUCAGUGCUGGGCUGCUGAGGACCCCAUCCCACUUCAGGACCUGGUCUCUGCCGGCCGCCUGGGAACCAGUGUCAGAAAGACCCUGCUUCUCUGCUCCCCUCAGCCUGAUGGGAAGGUUGUCUACACCUCCCUACAGUGGGCUAGCCUGCAGUAAGCUGCAGACUGAGGAGGGUGUGGUUAUGUGUCCAAGAACCCUCCUAGAUGAUCAACUCCUCCUCCUCACCCCCCCAUCUUGCAUGGAGGCUUGUGUUCUCCCGCCUUGCCUGAUUCCAGAGUUUUGAACACUAAAUAC